GACUGUGAAUGCUCUGGUUUCGAAUGAACGAACAUUCUCAGUCUAAAUGGAUUGGGCGUCGAACACCGUCAAUGUAGCCUUAGAGUUAACUGAGACACAAUCAUGGUGGAAGAUUUUCGUAGCAAUUUUUUUUUUUAAGACAUUGAAACCUUUUUAAAAGGACAUCUCGAUUCUUGGCAGGAGCAUAUCGAUAACUUUUUGGGAUACAAAGUAUCACAAUAUAUCUCCAUUUCGAUAUUUUGUCACACCCUAAUCCUGAGUGAGCCACUAAAUAUCUGUAGACAUUCAAAACCUGUCUCCCCUCAUCAUAUUUGAUUCAACAUUGUUUAACUGCUUGCCAUCAGCUUUCAAAAGUGGACAUUUUAUCAGAAAAGUAGCCGCUUUUUGAAGUAAAAGAGGAUGUCUUUGCGUUGCGUUUGCAUUGUCACCGCGUAAAGGCGAAGCCAAUCCGCAACGCAAUCGUUGUGGAUGGAUGUCGCUAUCGCACAGUGUAAACUGGCCAUUAUACAGCAAAAAUAAUGUCACCUAGGGCUGUCCCAAACGACUAAUUUUCUCCCGAUUAGUCAGCCGACUAUUUUUACGAUUAGUCGACUAAUCUAAUAAUUUAAAAAAAAAAAAAAAAAUGUUCGUUUUUGUUUACUAAUUUAGCAAUGAAAUUUUUGUUGACGCUUAUCAAUUCACAAAAAACAUAUCGGAACACUUAAAUUAUUUAUUAAAGUACAAAUAAACACAUAAAUAAUAAUAAAUCACAAAUAAACAAUGAGUUCAAAUGCUGACAGAAUUAACUAGUGUAGCAUCCCGAUUGAAAAGGUGGUCUCUUAAACUGAUGGUUUACAACUUUUAUUCCAUCCUUGAUGUAAUCACACCGUAAGAGCUAUGGUGCACACAAAUAAAACAACACAAUUAGAAAUUAACAAAACCUUUUCACCUUUUUCCUUUUAAACCUUGUUUAUAUCAAUGAAUUGCCUUUACCUUAAUUUAUUACCUUAUCAUUGACAAUCUGUCCCUUGAGUGCAAUCACUGUAUAUACUGUAUAUAUUUAUGACCUUUUAACCUUAUAUAAUUUUCUUUACCAUAAAAUAAACCAUAACAUGAAAUAAACCUUUCAGUUAGCAUUAAGGACAAUACUAAUAGCACUUAUAGGCCCAUUGUCAAUGAAACAUUAUUAUUCAGUAAGGCGACAGCACCCUCUGGUGUACAAAACAUGAAAAAAAAAUUACAAACGGUGACGGCGCUUGAGGUGUUUAUUCACGGCCGACGUGCAGCCAAGCUUGGCAUUGAAGAGACAGGACAGAAGAGUGAACCCUCCGUUGUUUCUUUGAAAUAAGUCAAUGUUAUGGACACUGGUGCGCUUUUUUUUUUUUGGCUUUGUGCCGCUUUCCACGCUUGCAUACAGAGCAUCCGACAUUCUUAACUUUCCACGCAUAUAUAUUUUUUUUAACCCUUCAUUAACCGUCGACGGGAUGUUGUGCUCGUCGACGGAUUUACGUCAUCGAUGACGUCGACUAUGUCGACUAGUCGGGACAGCUCUAAUGUCACCCAAUGAUUAGAGUGGAUAAACAUCUUUCUGUCAAUCUAUUUGACACCUAUGCCAAUUUAUAUGACAAGUUUCAUUGGGUUCACUCAGUGCCCACAUUCUUGGAGCUAUAUAAUCCAAUCAGGCACAGACUAAAUGCGAGAAACUUUCUAGCCUUCAUGUUACACCUCGUUGCACCGCUGCCGCCACCAAAUGACAUCAGGCUAUUUGUCUCAAUGGUUCUGGUAAAAGAGAACGCAAGCCGGUAUCCUAAGAUACUCACCUGGCCUAAAAGCCUUGGCUUAGGAGGAUUUAUCACCACUCAUGACUAGGAUUUGUGGCCCGCACCUGCCAGGAUGUCUCGCUUUUGCACUAAGUGAUGGACAGGCACAUUGCUCCGACAUAAGCUGAAGCCACCUUAUGGGUCUGCAACCAGCUGGAACUAAGACUUCGUCCAUAUCUGCUGACAGCAGUAAGGUGAGUGUGUAGUUUUUUUCCCUUUCUUUCAAUCUUUGCUAAAAAGACCUGAGCAAGGCUCAAGGAUGCAUUUAACCCAUUCGCUGCCAGUUGAUCACUCAAUGCUAAACUUCCAGCUGUUAAAGAGCAUUUUGACUGAUUUUUGAAGACCUAUUGAAAAUUGGAUUCUAUGAACAAAUCUGCAAAUCUAAAGACUUCUUUAAGAUGGAAAAACAUUUGACGCUAGCUUUUCCUUUGUAAAUAAACUGUAGGAUAUAAGACAGCCGACAUUGCAGCCGCUUCUCACAAAAAAAAAAAAAAGGAGAUAAUUAGCUUUUUGUGAGUAGAAAAGUGACUGAUGCUAAUAUAUCUAUUUUUUUGCUUUUGUGACACCUUUCAGGUCUGAACAGUGGUUCAUGUCAGGCAUGGGCAAGUUUUGUUUUGUAGUCCUAUUCUUGUGACGAGCCCCAAUUAAAGACGUCUGAGCUGCUUUCAGACAUAAUGUACCAGAUACCGUGAAAUGGAAUCUACCCGGCUUUCAGACAUGAAGAUAUACCGGUACUUUACCAGCUCGGCUCUGUUUAUACUAAAGGUGCACAACUUCACAGAUGUGUGCUGGGACAAGUGUGUGGACAGCCCAGGCUCAAAAUUAGACUACAGGACAGAGACUUGCCUUGUGAGCUGCGUGGAGCGAUUCAUAGACACCACCUUGGCCAUCACCAAUCGCUUCACGCAGAUGGUGCAGAAAGGCACUCAUUGAAUUAUGGACUGCAUAGACUGUCUGAGUAUAUGAAUUAAUGUUUCGUAUUCUUCACAUGUGUAUGGUCCCUGAACAUAUGAAGAUGGCAUUUCUGUGAUUUUGUUGCUACACGAUGAAGUGAGCAUUUCAUGUUUGAAUGGAGUCACACAGUUUGGGCCCUAGUAAACUGGCUGGAAGAGAA